UAAGUAGCUAUUUGCAUAUGGAUUUUAUAGGAUUGUUUUUAGUAUCUGUUUUCAUUCGGAGGUGAAGCCGAUUUCAGCACCAGAGCUGUCCGAAACCGACGGAUGCUGCUGCCGCGUGCACCGAUGAUGCUGAGCUCGAGCUACUGAAAUUCUCUCUCUCUCUCUCUCUCUCUCUCUCUCUCUCUCUCUCUCUCUCUCUCUCUCUCUCUCUCUCUCCCCUCUUCUCUCCCUCCUCGCUCCUCUCCUCCACACGCACAAAACGCUCUGUCAUGGCGUCUUCCAACAAUGUUACCCCCACCAACUGUAGCUGGUGGCCCAUCUCAGCCAUGGACGAAGACGGCAAAAUCACAGACGGGGAGGAGUGCGAAGAACCGACGGCAGAGCUCAAACCCUUCAAUAAAGACAGGCUCGUUUUAUACCACUGGACGCAGUCUUUCACCUCCCAAAAGGUUCGUCUAGUCAUCAAUGAGAAGGGUCUGGUCUGCGACGAGAGGGAUGUGAGCUUGCCGCUGCAGGAGCACAAGGAGCCCUGGUUCAUGAGGCUGAACCUGGGAGAGGAGGUGCCCGUCUUCCUCCACGGCGACACGAUUAUCAGUGACUACAACCAGAUUAUAGAUUACCUGGAGAAAAACUUUGUGGGAGACACGGUGUCUCAGCUGGUUCCUGAUGCAGACUCGCCUCUGCACGAUCGCGUGCAGCAGUACCGGCAGCUACUGGAUGAGCUGCCCAUGGACGCUUACACACACGGCUGCAUCCUCCAUCCAGAGCUCACCACCGACUCUAUGAUCCCAAAGUACGCCACCGCAGAAAUACGUAGACACUUGGCCAACGCUGCGACGGAGCUGAUGAAGUUGGACCAUGAGGAGCCACAGCUGACAGAACCGUACCUGUCCAAGCAGAAGAAGCUCAUGGCAAAAAUCUUGGACCACGAUAAUGUGAACUCCCUGAAGAAAAUUCUGGGGGAGUUAGCCAUGGUUCUAGAUCAAGUGGAGGCGGAGCUGGAGAAAAGAAAACUAGAGUAUCAAGGUCAAAAGUGUGAGCUGUGGCUAUGUGGACCUGAAUUUACACUAGCUGACGUCUGGCUCGGAGCCUUGUUGCACAGGCUCAAGUUCUUGGGACUUUCUAAGAAAUACUGGGAGGACGGCAGCCGACCCAACCUGCAGUCCUUUUUUGUGCGUGUGCAAAAACGCUACGCUUUCCGCAAGGUCUUGGGCGACAUCCACACGACCCUUCUGUCGGCGGUCCUACCCAACGCCUUCCGGAUGGUAAAAAAGAAGCCACCGUCCUUCUUCGGGGCCUCUUUUCUCAUGGGCUCGCUGGGAGGGAUGGGCUACUUUGCCUACUGGUAUUUAAAAAAGAAAUACAUGUAGUAGACGCCCUCUUGUUGUGUUAAAUGUCUGUGUAUUUGUGUGAAGUUUCAACUUUUCUGUAAUGUUUUAUGACUGCAGGAAAACAUAUUGAAUCUAUAUAGAGAACACUAUUACUUACCUGGGUGAACAAAGAAUAUU